AUGGUUCGAAUAGGAGCUCCGUGGCCAUCUGAACAUGUAUCGGCAUUCGAGGCUGGAGGGACCGGCGGCGCAUUAUUUUCGGCAACCUUUACAGGUCUUUCCUUUGGCACAAAAGAAAAAAAUGUAUUUGUUGGAUUCACUCAUUGUGGAAAGAUAAAAGAAAAAUGUAAGAAUGGUCAAGAGGAAAGAGACAAAGAACAAAACCAACACGCAGUGAGGGAGAUGAGACACAAGAGAAUGGAAAAAACACAAGAAAAAGGAAGAGAUACAAAGCAAAAAAAUAAAUAUGAGCAUACAGAGGAAGAGACACGGGCCAUUUUUUGGCAGACGUCGAUUACGCCUUAUCAGCGGCCCAAUCGAUGUGUCAAUAAGUGGGUCAAAUUCAUUAAAGUUGAAGCCAACAUAAAAAUAUUUGGUGUACGUGUUUCUACUUUCAAAUGUGGAAGGCUGUACAUGGCUAACAUCACUUUUGUGAGCCCAUGUAGCCCAGAUGUCGUAAUGAAGCCCGUUGUCAGAAGAAAGUUUCAGUCUUCUCUUUAUACUUCCCUUUGUGUCCAUGGCACCCUCAAGCUCACAUCUCGUAUCAAAAAGUUCAAUGCCAAUUUGUGUCGUUUCAGGCUGACAAGCACGCCUAUUCAUAAAAAUUCUUCAGAUUGGGUGGAUGCUACCACGUUGAAUGGUGUUUACGUUAUAGAAGAUAUUAUGUCCUUACUACACUUUUGGUAGAACAUGCUCCGCAUGCAUCGACAUUUGUUGCUGAAUAGAUAUCAUUUGCCCCAAAAUAGGUCCCGCAAUAAGGCUCGUGACGUGACAGCCAGGUUACCCAACUCGACCCGAAGCCUUUCUGACUAAUAUAUAAAUAUAGAUUAAGGUAUAGAUACAUAAAGUAAAUUGUUUGUCAUUAAUGAAGAGAGAGUGUUUUAAUGCAAUCAAUGCGAAAUAUACAAAGUAACAGCUAUUUAAA